AUGAAACUCGGUGGAAUCAAAUCGGUAGACAACGCGCACGACGACUCAGUCUGGGCAGUCACAUGGGCACCCGCAACCGCCACCCGACCUCCGCUCCUCCUCACCGGCUCACUCGACGAAACGGUACGCCUAUGGAAAUCCGAUGACCUUAUUCUCGAACGCACCAACACCGGCCACUGUCUCGGCGUCGCCUCCGUAGCCGCUCAUCCACUCGGCUCAAUUGCAGCCUCUUCUUCACUCGAUAGCUUUGUUCGCGUCUUCGAUGUCGAUUCCAAUGCCACUAUCGCUACUCUUGAAGCUCCGCCUUCUGAAGUCUGGCAAAUGCGCUUUGAUCCUAAGGGUGCCGUUCUAGCAGUUGCUGGUGGAGGUAGUGCAUCAAUCAAUCUUUGGGACACUUCAACUUGGGAACUGAUUGCAAGCCUUUCAAUUCCUCGUGUGGAAGGACCCAAACCCAGCGACAAAAGUGCCAGCAAGAAAUUUGUCCUAUCUGUCGCAUGGAGCCCUGAUGGAAAACGACUUGCGUGUGGCUCAAUGGAUGGCACGAUUUCUAUUUUCGAUGCACAGCGAAUCAAAUUUUUACAUCACCUUGAAGGCCACUUCAUGCCUGUGCGUUCUCUCGUUUAUUCCCCUUAUGAUCCAAGACUACUGUUUUCAGCUUCAGAUGAUGGUAAUGUCCACAUGUAUGAUGCUGAGGGGAAAGCCUUAAUUGGGACCAUGUCGGGACAUGCUAGUUGGGUUUUAUGUGUGGAUGUGAGCCCAGAUGGGGCGGCUAUUGCCACAGGUUCAAGCGACAGAACUGUAAGGCUAUGGGAUCUUAACAUGAGGGCAUCUGUGCAGACAAUGAGCAACCAUACGGACCAAGUAUGGGGAGUUGCAUUUAGACCACCUGGAGGAAAUGAUGUGCGAAGUGGCCGGCUUGCUAGUGUAUCAGACGAUAAGAGCAUAUCACUGUAUGAUUAUUCCUGA